UCCAAGUCAUCAGCCGGCAGCAUCGGGCACUGAGGACGCGACAGAGCCGCUAAAGGAAGGAAGCUAACACCGAGGAGCAAUUCCAAGGCUGGGAUUUUGAUUUUUUUCAUCAUUCCUCUCCAUUUUUGGAGGUGUCUUUUGAUCGACGAUGAGCGUGAAGAUGCGGACCGCACUCCAUCAUCACGUCCUCCUCCUUCUGGCGGGGAUUUUUGGCGCGGCUGUGAUGGCAAAGCCGGCCAGGCUGAAAUUUGUGGUGCACGAACCGUCUCGCUUCCACUUUGACAAACCCGAGAACUACAUUAGCAUGUAUCACCAGGAAGGCAGCGACAUGCUCUACGUGGGCGGCCAAGCCAUCAUCUACGUGCUCACCUUUAGCAACCGAGGCGUACGCGACGUGCAGAUCCCGGCACCGUCGGACCAGACCGCCAUCGACACCUGCAAGGCCAAGGCGGCGCCUCUUGAGCUGGAGUGCGACAACUUCAUCACGGUCAUUGAGAAGGUCAACGACACCUUCAUCGUGUGCGGGACAAAUGCCGGCAGUCCCCGCUGCUGGAUGCUGGUUAACGACACAGUGCUGAGCGACAUCCAGGGCGUGGGGCCCAUCGGGUCGCCCUCCGACAUCUCCCCGCCGUACCCUUCGCAGAAGUCCAUCACCCUGCCCGCAGAUGGGAGCCUGUAUUCGGCCAUGUCGGCGGUGGGCGGUCACGUCGGCUCCAUACGUCGGACCUUUGGGCCCCAGAAGCUCCUGAAGACGGAAAAUGUUUGGUUGCUGAACCCUCAGUUUGCCGGAGCCGCCAUCAUGCCGUCUUCCCUCAAGUACAAGGAGGAGAUCUAUUUUUUCUUCAGCGAGAUCAACAAGACCGCCCGAGUGGACGAGGAGCCAUACCGGGCUCGCAUCGGACGUAUCUGCACGGUGGACGAGGGCGGGAUCAAACACCUGCUGGCCGACUCGUGGACCACCUUCAUGAAGGCGCGGGUCAUGUGCGGUGCCGGAAACACUCAGCAGCAGUACAACAGCAUGAAGCAGGCGGUGGUUCUGACCGCACAGGACAAGCGGGCCGGCGUAAUGUACGGGCUCUUUUCCAACGCCUGGGGCAGAACUGUGAUCUGCGCCUACUCCAUAGAAGACAUCGACCAGGCUUUCUCCACGUCCAAGCUGAAAGGCUACAGCAACUCCUUCAUUGGAAAUCGACCCGGCAUGUGCGUUCGAAAGAAUUCCUCGGCAGCCAGCCAGAAUGACCUGAAAAACCUGGGCGUGAUCCGAUACCACCCGGAAAUCGAAGACGUGAUCCGGCCGGUGGGCGUGGCCCCGCUGGACCUGCCGACGGACGACCAAAUCACGCACACCGUCGCCGACAUCGUCCUGGCCGUCAACGAUGAGCACUACAGUGUUCUUUACCUUGGAACAGAACAAGGAAAGGUCCUCAAAGUUCUUCAUAGCAGCGAAGGGGUGUUUAUCAUCUCCCAGUACUCCAUGUUCCGCAAUGAGGGGCCUGUCCUCAACAUGGCCAUCAACCCCCAAAAGGGUCACUUGUACGUUGCCACGGCGAUGGAGGUCCAGCGACUGCCGCUGGCCGACUGCGGUCGCUACGGCGACACGUGCCGCGAAUGCAUCCUCUCCCGGGAUCCGUAUUGCGGCUGGGACAAGGCCAGGAGGAGGUGCAUCGCCAUCCCGCCGGGAUAUAACGUCACGUCUGGGUCGCUGAUUCAGAAUCUGGACCAAUCCAAUUCGUCGGUUUGCGGGGAGGCUGCUGCCCUCAAGCUGCGUCGCACCUCCCCCAAAGAAGUGUUGGUGCCUUCCAACACCUCCAUCUUCCUGCCCUGCCCGGUGCGUUCCUUCCACGCCACCUACCGCUGGGAGAAGGACAACUGCGUCAAGAACUACCCCUGCCUCUUCUCCGGCGACUUCUGCGUCCUGGGGCCGGCGCUGGACACGCCCCUGAGGGACGGCGUCUUCCGUUGCAUGGCCACCGAGGACGGCUUCAAGGUGGAGGUCAUCUCCUUCAAGGUGGUCAACCACGGCCGGCUGCUGGCCGCCUCGCUGGCCAAGACCGUCGGGCCGUCGCUGCUGCUGGCCGCGGCCGCCGUUUGGCUUCAUUAACCGUGGCUAGCGCUAACCACGUAUCCUUAAUGACUCCCAGUAACAGGAUAUACGGGAGGUUUGGCUCACAAAACAUCACGCAUGGUAGUUUUCUUUCAUUCGGAUGAUGAGAAGGUCCUUUGGGGAGAGUGUAUCUUCGGAAGGAAUCCUCGGACCGAAAAAGUCGGGGAACCCCAUUUGGUCACGUUCGAAUCAGUACCCAAAACUCGAACAUGGAAUUUGUCUUCCAUCUUCAAACGAGGGUCCCCAUUUGUGACAUCAUCUAAAAUUCAGCUUUUUGCUAAUGACUUGGAGAUUUUAAAUCGCUACGCGGUCCCACCUACAUUUAGUACCAGCGCCGAUGAUGACUCUUUGUGAACCAUCCCUCUCGCACUAACCAAACCUAUCCGACGGGGUUGAAAAGAAAACAUCAAUGCCAGGCCGAUUCUUUACGAUGGUUUCUUUGGAUCUUUUGACUUAGAUUGUGCUUCUUUGUGGAUAUGUGAAGCUUUACGACUGCUCUUAUAUCAGACAUCUUGCAUCACAUCUCAUUGGUAGUUUUCAAGAAAAAGAAAAAGUUUUUAAUACUUCUGGGACAUCAACUCCUAAGCACAAUUUUGGAGUCUGUGCAAAUAGAGUGCGAUCGCUGGGACUCGGGCAACAUCGCUGGGAGGAAGAGUCAUCUAUUUUUCGGACAGGAAGUCACGAGGAUGAGCGAGAGCUCGUUGCCGACCAUCACUGUGUCUCAGCACCUCCUCUUCAGACAAGGACGUUUUUUUUUUUUUGCGGCAUCUUUUUUAACAAGACGCCAUCAGAUAUGACACCUUGGUCACAGCUUUGACUACAUCAAGUGCGAAAACGCCUUCGCAAAGUUAGCAAGAGCAGAAAGGCGCCUAUGGAUGACGAAAACCAAAAGUCCGUUUUUCAGAUUGGCCAAAGUCGAACAAGAUCAUCGCCGAAGCCUUUCAAACUAAGAUGAAGAACGCAAAGAUGCGAUCAAGGUGUCGAAAAUAGUGAUUUUACGCAAACCUCGUUACAAGGGCAACAUUUUUACCAGGAGAAAAAAAAAAACAAAGGCUUGUGUUUCGAUUUGUGAUGUUCCGUAUUUUAUUGCUGCCUGCAGUGCUGAUUUCUACCAUUGCUGCCUCUUUACGUGAGCGUUUGUCUCGAUGUUUCUUUUUAAAACGGCAUCGUUGGAAUGUGAUAUAUAACUGUUAGUUUCUCUUAUUGGUUUUAAAGCUGCGAUAAAAAAACAAACUUGCUAGUCCCUGGACAGAAGCUUCACGUACGUUCGUCUCCGACUUUACGUUGAGCUUGAAAGAACAUUACGUCUCUGACUGAAGAGUCGUGUAGCGGAUUAGAAUGUUCUCCAGAGCGCCGACAAAUUAUCAUUCGGUCGUGUCGAGUCGUCCGCUGCGGCCCGGCUGUCAUUAAUAGCUAAUUAGGAGCCGGCUCGCCGCGCUCUACAUUUAUUUGAGAUUACGAGCAGUGCGAAUUGAGACGGCCGUAUUUGCUCGCUGGCGGUGCGGCGACGAUAUCGAAAGCGUUUAAAAGUAGGUCGAAUGGUAAAAAGCUGCAUUGAGCCAACAUCUUCAACAUUUUCUGCCUUUUAAUGCAUGUAAACCAUAACUGUGUUAAUCCAAUCAAAUGGCUGCCGGCUUCGGGGGGGGGGGGACUUGAGUCUGAUGACUUGAGUCAAACUUAAAAACCCUGUAAAGUGGAUUCCGAAAUGUAUCUCUAAUUUAAAAAUAAAAUCUUUUUUUUCCGAAUUGCUACAAACAUGCAAAGACAGUAGUACUAGAUUAUGGGCAUUAUAGUCAAUUAUAAUUAAAUGAUAAAACAGUGCCCAGGAAAAGCUUAAGCACCUUUGUUUACCUAAAUGGUUAUCUGGCAGCUUUUGCUAGCAUGACAGCAUACUGUUAGCUUGCUAGCUCUCCCUACAUUCCAUAAAUCUUUCCUGCACGCUACAAUUUAUAGCUCAGAGUCAUUAUUUAAAUUCCUGAGCAGGGAGGUGAGGUCACUGACAAGCCCCCCGACUAAAAAAAGAUUCUCGACAAGAUUGAAGGCAUUUUUGGGCGGAGUGAGAUUUUGCUUAUUCAGAAGAAAUGCAUUUUGAAUUCUCAUUUUACAUCCUUUUUGUUUUAAAUCAUCAAAAUUUGGCAUGGUUUUUUUUUUUAUAACAUUCCUCUUAGUUGUGUCACAUUUAAACAACAUUUAUUUUCACUUUACAGGGUUUUUAAGUUGCUAAUUCUAGAACUUGCCUGGCCAAAUAUGAUAAACUCGACUUAAACUUGGUAUUCAUGACCGACUUGAACUACGUGACUUGACAAGUCUUGUCUGUUUACGUUUUUUUUUUUUUUUUUAAAGAAAUCUGCAUUUCGUGAUGAUGUGACAAGAAAAGUAAAUUUUUGUAUGUACUGCGCACAAACCUGGCAACUAACCAGUGCAGCGGCAGCCACCUCAUGAACUCGAUUUUUGCCAAAAUAAUUUGAGAUUUACUUCAAAUGUGGAGUUUCAGAUUUCAGAAUUAUUUUGGACUUUUUAACUUAUUCCCACCUCCGGCUACCCGCGUCACGUAUCUCUCCGACGACUAAGUUCAACCUAAGCUUUUUGAUACAAGCUUCUUUCUAGCCACGAAGCCUCAGUGCUGCAAGUAGUCGCGUCAGGACCUGCGUGUGGUCCAAAUACAAACUCAACAAACGGAUUCGCUCAACCACAUGUGUUGCUUUGGUUACUGCUAGCGUCAGAUUUGGAUUCCAAGCAUCUUGAAAUGGCUGCCGGCCCGCCAUCUUUGUUACGUUCCUUUUCGCGGCGUGUUUAUGCGGAUGAGGUGGCUUGCUGUCGUUUUGCUCCGAGGUCUCGAGUGAUGUACGUGAAACGUGCCCGCUGUCUUGUUUUUUUUGUGUCCGACUCUUUCUACGGUACUCAUGUUCGUCAUAAUAUAUUAAUGAUGCUAUUAUUUUUAAAAGCUCAUAUCUGGUGCAAUAGAUAUUCAUGUAACAAAUCCUUAUUGACAUGUGUUAACCUCGACAUGUGCGGUGAAAAUUAAUAAAAUGUGACUACACUAUAAACAAAAAGAUGUUCUUUACUUGA